CCUGUCACAGGUUGCCCAGAGAAGCUGUGUGUGCCCAUCCCUGGAAGUGUUCAAGACCAGGUUGAAUGGAGCUCUGAGCAGCCCGGUCUAGUGGAAGGUGUCCCUGCCCAUGGCAGGGGUUUGGAACGAGGUGACCACAAGUGAAAGGUGUUCAGAAGGGCAGAUUUGCUUGGUUUUGCUCCUCGCAAAGGCUGGGUGUGUUUGUGCUGUAAUGAUUUUGGGGGGAGUGGGGGGGGACGCGUGUGGGUCGUGCCCAGCCAUCCCAUCCCACCCCUAACCCUAACUGUUCCAUCUCCAGCUGGGCUUCUUUCCCCACAAAGCGGAAACGGGGGGCACGGUGAGUGUCGGGGAGCUGAUAUGUCAUUUCCUUCUGUCUUCCUGCUUCCGCAGAUCCAUCUCUUCGCUGCUCUGCGGGGAAGAGGACAGCGGAGCUGGAGCUGGGGCGGACUUUGUGCUGUCAGAGGUGGCGUCUCCAGCAAAGGACAGUGGAGUAUCACACUUAGUAGGAGUGGGAAGUUGUUGAAGAUUUCUGCGGUGGACUUGCACAAAAAAACGCAAAUUUUUUCCUGCUCUAGGUGCUUUCUGGAUAAUGGCGAAGAUGGUGAGAAGAACAUGUGCAUUUUGUUCAGAAGGGGCGGCUGGUUCUGUAAUGUAUGUUGCCAAAGAGAGCGAUAUUGCAGCUCAUCAGGAUUGUCUGUUAUUUUCCUCAGGAUUUGUGGAAUCUGAAGAGUAUAACCCAGAAAAUCUGGAUAUAAGGUUUGAUGUGGCAUCAGUGUUGAAAGAGCUCAGGAGAGGAAAGCGGCUGGUGUGCAACUUCUGCCGCAAGAAAGGAGCCACUGUGGGCUGUGAGGAGAGAGCCUGCCGCAGGAGCUACCACUACUACUGCGCGCUCUGCGACGACGCUGCCAUAGAAACCGACCAAGUGAAGGGGGUCUACCGAGUGUUCUGCCCAAAACAUGACCCAAGCAAUAGGACCAGUCACUAUGGUGCAGCUAAUAAGAAGAGAAGAUAUACAUUGACAUCUCCUGCCAUCACAGAAGAAAUGAAAACAGAAGAGAAAGCAGAAGAAAACCAUUUCCAAACACUAAAAAGAAAAAACAACAGGCAUAAAGUCCAGAUAGACCUUGUAAGGAAAUGCAAACAGGCUGGGCUUCUAGAUGACAUAUUUGAAGAAAUGCUGGACACACUUCACCUGGCACAGGAAAAACUAAUGGAUGACAACACUUCAGAAACAGAAUAUGAAGAGACAGUAAUGGCACUGUUUGACUGUGGACUGUUUGAAAAUAUACUGACAAAUAUUCAUUCAGGAACAGAAGAAAAAAUACAAGAACUUCUAGAAAACAGAAAAAGACUGGAUCACAAGAUAGAGCUACUGCAGGACUUAAAAGAAGUCCUUCCUACCCCAGAGAGCACAGCCAGUACAUCUAGUAUGAUGUCUGAAUAAUGCUUAAGCCUGUCUGUAAUCAUGUCAAUAUUUAGGAUUUUCUAAUGAUAGAAACCCUAGAGCACAUCUGGUUCAUGUCUAAGUUAAGUUCCCGCUCCCAAGACAGGGACAUAAACAAGAACUGGGUCACAUACUCAUUUUUAUACCUCAAUGGUGCAAUAAUUUUAAGUUCUUAAAAUUUUCAAAUCUUUGUCUUCAAACCUUACUGUGUAGUACUUCAGUGUUAUACGCUAAAUUUAGCUUUUUUAAACCCUCCAGUGAAGACUUUUUGCUCCAAGACAAGGGAACAUCAGAUGCAACAGAACACUUGUUAAAGUCACUUUAACUGUGGAGCCCUCUCCUGACUGUGCCAUAGCUGCUGCACUGUCUGUGUCUAGACAGUGAUGUUUUCAGGAUCAUAUUGGUGCUUUGGCUUUCCAAAGAAGAUAAAUGAGCAGAACUUGCACUUAAGGAAGCCUUUUGAAUGUUGAACAGGACUUGAAUUAAAAAACCCAAGUUAUUCUUGUUUGACUGGUCAGUGUGUAACUAGUUCUGCUGUAAUGGCAGUGGCAAUACAGUGUUUACAGGCAGACCAAAAACAGUUGGGCAUUAUCCUCAGAAUAUGUACAAUGUCAAAGGGAUCAAACAGUGGUCUCUGUCUUCCUUUCUCCAUUACGAAAGGAUCCAACUUCCCUGUGUUUUGCCUUUAAAAAGUUGUUUGAAUACAGAAAAGCAUUGUUUAGCUACAAAAGGUGAAGUUCACAAAAUAAAACAUUUUUAAAAAAAGCUA